AUGAUGAUGCACCGCCAAGCCGUCCGCGCCUUCUCCACUCGGGGCGCCGCGCCCCGCGUGUUUCCUCAGUUUUCCAGCUACGGCAGCGACGCCCUCUUCCAAGUGGCACCGCUCGCCGCGGUCUACACGCACACGGGCAAGUACCUCAAGCUCAAGCGCGGGGGCUCGCUCAUGCUGAGCUGGUGCAAGGCGACGCAGCAAGGCUACAACUACCAGGACAAGCUCCUGUUUUCGGUCUCGCCCCGCGAGAUUGGUGCUAUCCUCAACACGCUCGACUCGAAGCAAAAGAUCACGCUCGUGCAUUCGCCCAACAUGAACGACCCGCAGGCGAACGAGGGCUUGCGCAAGUCCUUCUCGAUCGAGUACCAGCCCGAGCACCACAAGACGGUCUUUGCCUUCUCGAGCGACCAAGCGCGCACGGCCGUGGCCCUUGAUGCUGGCGAGACGCGCGUGCUCAAGGAGCUUCUCCAGUAUUCGGUCCCGUACCUCUAUGGCUUCCACGCGGUGCUGGAGGCAGAGCCGACGAUCGAAUACGAAGGUGGCGCGAUGUCUGCAUCGUCGGGCCCGAGCGCCCCCCGUGCCAACCGCGGCCCGCCCACCGCAGGUGAGUGGCCGUUCUAG